GACCCUUGGAAUCUUUGUUCGAAAACAAUAAAUCAUUUUAAAAUGGUUUGAGACAAUUCUUUCAACCUAUAUGUAAGAGUAAAAUGCUUUUAUGGGUAAUAAAAUUACUGAUCGUUCCAAAUAAAUCAAAUUUCGUUAUCGAGGAUUUAUUUACGAGUAAACUAUCGAUGUGUACAAGCUUUUCCUUUCAACGACGCCCAUUUGACGCACAUUUUAUGAUGUUUGAUGGGAGAAACUGCCUUUCUGCAGAUCGUUGAGGCUUCUUGUCGAGUUUCGCUUUCGGGACGGGACAAAGCGCCUGUGCAGCGCGAGGGAAAAACAUGGAAUGAAAAAGGGAAAUUUAAUCAUAAACACUUUCACCAUUAAACGAAAGAACAGCACAGAUAGAGUGUAUUUUAGCGCUGACUUACACAAUUCGGUGGUUUUAUUACUUUACGUCCGUCGUCCGCGAUGGCUGGAACACGCUUAACACAUUGGAGCCGUAAUUUAGCAAGAGCACAGGAAAAACUUUGCAUAUCACAACUUAGAAAUAAACACGAAUAUUCACAAGAGGCGAGGGAGCGAGCAAGAGCUGUUGCAGCUUAUUACAAUCAGAGUGAAAUUGAGCAUGUUGCUGAACAAAAGUCUGUUCGUUUGACUCCGUGGAUGAUUCUCUACUCUGGUGAUUCUCACCAUUUGGACAAAUAUCUUUUAAAAAGUGCACAAUAUUUACACAAAGAACUACCAGUUCGUGUUGCACAUCGCAUCAAGUCGUUUCACGGACUUCCAUUUAUCAUGGGAUGCAAUCCUGUAAUCUUGCGUGUCCACGAUUUAUAUAUUCAAUCAUUCAAACAAUUACACAACUUCCAAGCAAUUAAAACAGCAGAGGAUGUAAAAGAAUAUGCUGUAUUGCUUGAAAGGUUACUCGACGACCAUAGCACUGUAAUAAAAGAUCUGGCAACUGGGUUUCGACAAUGUCACAAACAUCUUAACGAAGAAAUGCUUGGAGCUCAUAUGGCAAGAAAAUUUUUGGAUCGCAUGCUGUCGUCACGCCUAGCGAUCAGAAUGCUUGCCAUGCACCAUAUUUUAUUGCACAGAAAAGAAGAAGACCAUAUUGGCAUGAUACACACAAAAUUUUACCCCGCAAAAUCGAUCGAAAAGUUCACAAAUUUCACGACAAAAAUGUGCGAGUAUGAGUAUGGUAAAGCACCAAAAGUAAGGAUGUGUGGACACAUUCAAGCUCAUUUCCCAUAUAUUCCGAUACCAUUUGAUUAUAUCAUUUGCGAGCUGUUGAAAAACGCGAUGAGAUUCAGCGUAGAGCACCAUUCGUCGUCAUAUGGAAACGGCUUACCAGAUAUCAUUGUCACGAUCGUCAAUAACCAUCAAGAUUUCAUCAUAAAAAUAUCUGACAGAGGAGGGGGUAUUCCCCAUGAAGUAAUCGACAAAGUUCUUGAAUAUAAUUUCACGACAGCGAAUGAGACAACUAAUUCGGAAAGUAACCCAAUGGGUGACAUGAUGUCCAUGGCCAAUCAAGGUCCGAAUGGAAACAGCAAAAUGCACGGCCAUGGAUUUGGAUUGCCAAUGUCUCGCUGUUAUGCGGAAUACAUGGGUGGGAGUCUUGUGGUGCAAAGUAUGCAAGGUUAUGGUACUGAUGUUUAUCUGCGUCUUAAACGUAUCGACCUGCAAUCUGAAAGUUUUAGGUUUUAGUGCCUGAACAUAUUUCUUGAAAUUUUUCGAUUAACUGGAACUGCGUGCUACUUUUGUAUUUUACGGAUCAUUUCGACUUUUAACUACUUUAAGUUGUUUGCCAAUUGAUAUUUGCUGAAAUCCUUAUAUAUAUAGGUACCUAAAGUUAUAUAUUUCUAAAACUUCGGUUAACCGGAAUUCACUACUAUUGUCUUUUACUGGCCAUUUUGACUUACAUGCUCUAAGUUUUAUAUCAUGGUAGCUCUUCGGGAGCCCUAAUAUUUUAUUGUCGUUGUGAUACCCCUCUGAAGCAACUUUUUUUAUUUAGAAUAUAAAUGUGCUUGGAAAGAGAUAAACAAAUGAUCGUAAUAAAUUUGCUGUUUUUUUGUAGUGCAUUUUGAUGUUUGGGUCCGGAUUUUAUUCUUAAAGUUAUUAAUGUUUAAUUUAACUUAGUUUAUUAUUGAAACUUACUUGGAAACCAGUCUUUGUUCAAAUCUAAACAUCUUUUGUGAACUUAAUUCUGAUUCUUCCAAGCUGCUUUAUAUACCUCAAAUAAGGUUGCCAAAUUUGAAUCUGAAUUUCUAUAAGUACCAUCUUUUUAUUGCUCCAACAUUGAUUUACUUUGAUUAUGUUCAUCUUAUAUUAUGAAGAGUUAGUUUAAGUUGCUGCCCUCCCAUCUUUUUCUCUUCGUCUUAUGUUCUCUUUCUGAUCUACCAUACAUCCUUGCAUAUAAGCAGAAAGCCAGAGACCCUUAAAAACGACCCUAAAUUCGGUGAAUUUUUGAAAAUUCGCAUAUGAGCCGACACUACAAAUCGUAACACGCCGUAUGUGUAUGACAACCGAUCACAUACCGGUAUAUCUGUUACAGCGUACCAAGCACUACUUUGUGUGUAUGCAUUAAACUCUUUGAGUUAGGGUAAUGUCAUUUCGUUUGACAAAGUUAGACACGUAUAUGCCGAAUUUUUACUACGAUGAGAGUUAGGUUGUAUAAACUGACUCUUCGGUUUUGCAACUUUUUUGUUUGUUUCAAAACUGUUAUAUGGUAACCUUGGAACAGAAUCAGAGAAUGAAGAUUUGAAAAAUAUUAGCUGGGCAAUAACACAUAAUACCUGAUUCUAAUUUAUAAUUAUCAGAAUUUCAGAUAAUAUUUGAUAAAAUAUACUUGUAGCAAAUAUGCCAACUUAGUAAAUCGCUGUGAAGUGACAAAAAUAAUUUCAUUUCAUUUUGUUCAAUUUCUUAUAUCAUUAUUUUCAUUUAAUACAUACCAAACGUACUUUAGAUUUCUUUAAAAAAAUAUGCCUUUAGGGCUCAUCAAUAAACUUUAAAGCACCAUCAACUUUGCUAACGGAGUAACAAGGUGAUCGUACACUUGAACCCACGUACAUUUGAACCCAUACAUUUGCACCAGUAUAUUCGCGGGUUCAUUCUAUAUGAGGGUGCUAAAAUCCAUGGGUUAGGGUUAGUAUGGGUUCAAAUAUCUGUAAAAUAACUAAUUUCCAUGGGUGCAAUAGUAUGCAGGUGCAAUUGUCGUGGGUUCAAAUGUAAUGGAACCGAGUAACAAUUAAAUCUCUAAAAAAGGUUUGUGUUCAAACUACCUUAUUAAAUGUAACUUACCGUACUUAUUAUUUUAUGUGAUGCUAUGUUUUGCCAUGUUCUUUAGUCAUUUGUAUAAUCUUUUCCAUUCAUUUGCUAGUUCUUGCUCUUUUUUUUUUAAAUUAAUGAAGCAUAACCAAUCAGAAUUAU